AUGUUUAUAUUUGUGUUAGCUGAAGGAAUAGAGAAAGUCCAGGUUGAAUGUAAUCUUAGAGACAACAUUCAAGACUUAAGAGUUCAGAUUGCAAAAGAGUUUAAAAACCGUUAUCCUCCUGAAGCACAGAGGCUUUUCUUUGGUGGUAAACAAUUAGAGGACGGAUUUACUCUCUUCCAUUACAAUGUAAAACACCAAAGUACUGUCCAACUGUACAAAAAAGUCAUUGUUGAAGAAUUUCACGAACCAAAUCUUUCUACAACGUCAGUACAAGAAGCAUUAUUAAGUUCCAAUGAUGAAAAUAAUGAGGUACAAUUAAACGAAGCCGAACCGACCGUAACGACGCAACCUGCCGAAUAUGAAGAAGAAUAUGUUUGUAGUGCAUGUAAUAACAACCCGAGAAAGAAAUGUAAAGAAUGUGGUUGUAAUGUUUGCGGAAACAAGGAUGAUGAAGAACACACAGUUGUGUGUGAUGAAUGCCAAUACUAUUAUCAUUUUAAAUGUUUGAAACCACCUAUGGAAACUCUUCCUAAAGAUGAUUGGUAUUGCCCUCAAUGCAAACACGAGGAUGAUGACGUCAUUUUAGCUGGGCAAGGACUUGAUUUAAAAAAAUCAAAAAAGUCAAAAAUGCCAUCUGCAACUCAAACCAAGAAAUGGGGCGGUGGAGUUGCUUGUAUGGGUCGUAGCAAAACAUGCGAGAUAGUUGAUCCUGAUCAUUUUGGUGCCAUUCCAGGUAUUCCCGUUGGAUACUCAUGGAAAUAUCGUCUCCAUUGUUCAGAGUCAGGUGUUCAUCGUCCUAUUGUUGCUGGAAUUAGUGGAAAGUCUGAAGUAGGAGUGGUAUCGAUCGUAUUAAGUGGAGGUUAUCCAGAAGAUAAAGACGAGGGAGAAGAAUUUGUUUAUACGGGCUCUGGUGGUCGCGAUCUGAAAACGGGUAACAAACGCACUGCGCCACAAACAUCAGAUCAAGAACUUACCAAGAAUAAUAUGGCACUUGCGCGAACAUGUGAUGCGCCUGUUGAUGACAAAAAGGGUGCAAAGGCUAAAGACUGGAAAAAAAGUAAACCAAUUCGA